GAGCCCCUUUUCUCUCAUUCUGUCGUUUCUCUCCCAAAUCCGUCGUGUCACUCAGUGUCUCCUCCAUUGUCGCCGUCGCUUUGUCCUUCCUGCGCCUCCUCAGUCACAGUUUCGGCGUCUUCUCCGGCCUCACCUCCGUAUUCUGUCAAGCGAGUCGUGCUCGUGUUCCGUUCUUGCCUCAGUCGUGUAGCCCAUUCUCCGUUGGACGCUGUCCACCGUUGUCAGCCUUGCGUAGUUGAUCUCGGGCAAGCAGUGAAGAAGGUUAGAAUCCUAGGGCUUUUUCUACUCCCAAAAUCCGCCUAAAAGAUUGCAGAUAUAUAAUUUCAGUGUGUGAAUGAGAUCAGUUGGUGUAGCUUCACUUUCCUGUUGCCAUCGUCUUCUGCAUCAUCACAUUUCUUCAUAGAAUUUGCAGUCCAAUUUCUCCAAUCUUCUUGACUUCCAAGUACAGGAAAUUGUGUAAAGCCUUUAUUGUUGCUGGAGGAGAGGCUUUCUUCCUGCACUUGCUUCUACGUUGCUCUCUAUCUCCAAUUCCUUGCGGAUGAAAAUUCUAGAGGCCAAUGCCGGUGCUCUCACAAAUUUUGAGGUCCUUGACUUUUUACGAGCUAAAGGAGCAUCAAAAGAUCCAACAAGGGUUCUUGCUAAAGUAUCACAGUCUGAGUACAAGGUCUACGAUUAUCUGGUCAAUACUGCUGCUUGUGAUCAAACUAGAGAGAAUGUCAAUGAGUUCUUGGAAAAAUGCAAAAGGCAUGACCUUGCAAAGGCUGAGAUUCUAAAUAUAUUAAACAUUAGGCCAACUGCUGCUGUUGAGGUUUUUCCUAUUAUAGAGAAGUGCGAGGAUCGUUUCCCAGAUGAAGAGAUUGAAGAAAUAGUAGAGCUGGUGAAGAAAACAUUGCCGGGCAAGCCGGAAACUGCAGUUAUCGCUCAGGCUACUGAAGAAACCGCCGCUUCGAAAAAUGAGAAGGAUAGUGAGACUACUAGUCAAGGCCAAAAUCAGGAUGAGGAACAAAUGGACACGAGUUGAGACUUUUAUUCAGCAUUGCAUGAUUAAGAGCAUUAUAGGAGCUUAAAGCACGCUGACUAAUAUAGCGUUCUAGUCAAAAUAUUACUAGGUUGAUGAAACUGAAUGGUCCAUUGAAAUCACAUGAUGGGGCACUUUCAAUUGUGCCGAUGUUUGGUGACUUGGAAAUCAUUGGGGACUCCAGGAUUUGAGAAUCCUUUGACCAUACUGGGACGCUAUUUCUCCCUGUUCUUCAUGAAAGCUCGUGUCACUCAUUCAACUGUUUUAUUUUUGUGCAUAAUUACAGUUCGCUUUCCUCCUGAAUUAGUGAAAACUCUUUGAUGUUCGUUA